UAUCUGGCAUUAGUUCUCAGGUCUGUUGCACAGUUUAUCGUAAACUUUGCGUUUUAACAAAUACAGGAUAACGCACAGAUUUCUUUGAUAUCAUUGAAAUUGGAAACAAUUGAAAAGAAAAACUGUCUAUUUAUACAAACUGGUAGUUCAUUGAUUUUUCGCAACAUGAGAAUCUUUUAAUCGCUAUGGUUUCUCAUUCAAUACUGUCUAAAUUAUCAAGAUUUUCGCGAAAGAACAUCUUCCGUUUACGUUUCUUCUAUAAUAUCCAACGUUGCCAAUGGCUGCAACGCUAAAAUCUCGCUCACGCGUGAUCUCUAUCCGCGACACGUAUUCUCCUCGCGGGACACGCAGAAAUGGUCUUUCGUCACAAAGCACAAGUGCUCUAUAUCAGGGAUCUAAGUUCUUUAGCACUCCCACGUCAAAUUUAUCCGCGGAAAAAGACAGGAAUGAAAUGGCGUUUACGUGUAAAGUUCAAUUUCUCGAUGACACCGAUCCAUUUGCCAGUACCAAUUUUCCUGAACCAACUCGACCACCAACAUGCACACUUUACCUUAAUAUACCUUUAUGUGAGCAAAUAGCCGGGAUAUAUAAACUGCUCAAACCACCUCACAAUUUAGAAGACGUGGCUCUUCAGAUAUUACAGAGUGGAACGUACUUGGAUUUAGAAAGCACUUUAGAAGAACAAGCAGAUAUUCUCGAUGGUUUUCCUGACAGUCGAAAAUCUACUAUACUUCUACGUACUGAAUUGUCUGUCCGCGUUCAUAAUUGUAUUGCUAAACUUCUCAGGGCAAGUGGAAGAGAAUUGCGGAGAGCACUUUUUUCUCUGAAGCAAGUGUUUCAGGAUGACAAAGACCUUGUACAUGAGUUUGUUAAUUCAGAUGGUUUAAAUGCCUUGAUCACAGUUGGUACAGAUGCAGAUCAAAAUUAUCAAAAUUACAUUUUAAGAGCCAUUGGUCAGGUCAUGUUAUAUGUUGAUGGUAUGAAUGGAGUUAUAAAUCAUAAUGAAACAGUUCAAUGGCUUUAUUCUCUUACUGCAUCAAAGCAUCGCCUUGUGUCAAAAACCGCUCUCAAAUUACUUUUGGUUUUUGUGGAAUAUACAGAAUCCAAUUCUCUUGUAUUAUCUCGAGCAGUCAACGAAUGGAGUAACAUACAGAGAUCAAAACCUUGGAGUUGUUUGAUUAAAGUAUUAUCUAACAAAGACAAUGAUGAUGAAAUUAUUUGUUAUUCUUUGACAUUAAUCAAUAAGAUACUCAAUGCUGCUCCAGAUCAAGAUUUAUUUUACGAUAUCUCUGAUUCAUUGGAGGAGCAAGGAAUGGAACAGUUACUCAAUAAUCUCGUUUCCACAAAAAAAACUCACCGAGAAAUUCAAGAACAGAUCAAAAUUUAUGAGACUGCUUUAAAAAUUGAAGAUGGCGAUGAACAAUUAUCAUCAGUAAAAGACAGCUCUACAAUAAGACACAGAAAACGGCAACCAGGAACACAGAUUAAUGGAAAUGGUGAUCGAAGACGAAGUAAACGCCAUAAUUCGUUGGGUUCUGGAUAUAAACUUGAGAAACCUCUUGUUCAAGAUCCUGUCAAGAAUGAUUCAGAAGAUCGUAAAAAAUUAUAUUCAAGAAGAAACUAUAUUGAUCAUAAUGAAUCACUAAAUGAAAACUUGUCUCGAUCGCCGACCAAGGACGAGGAGGAAGAUGAAAAAGUAAAGGCACGAACGGCGCGGAAAGAGAGGCGAGCUCUAAGAUUGGCUGCGUUACAAGCAGAUAAAGAUGAUACGUUAACAUCUGAACCACGUGGUGUUCUUUCACCUCCUAAGAUUGAAGAACCUAAUGAAGAUACGGUGAAAAACAACAAUGAUGAUAGCAGCGUCCAAUCUCGUAGAAAGUAUGCCUCUCAAGAACCCAAUAGAGUUAAUGGUGACGUCACUGUGAGUGACCAAUCACAGGAAACGGAGAAAUCAUCCCCUCGCAACUUCCGUCAAUGGAAAAACUGGAGACCGAAAGAAAAUAUGGUAAACACGUCAAAUGAUAAAACAAAAGAUAUAAAACCUACAAAACCAUAUGGUGUUACAGGAUCAUCAUGGGGUGUUACAGGAUCAUUGUUAAAAAACGACCGAAAUAAAGAAUUUGAAAGAAAUACAGCAAGCAUACAGCAAACUACAAAAGAUCCUACCAAUAAGUUUGAACCUGUUUCCAAUAAACCAGUUGAAUCUCCAAAAACUGGUCGUGACAGAUAUCGUAGCAAUCGACUUAACGAUGGAAGAUACUCAGAGACUAUACGGUCAACGCGUGCUAACGCUUUUGAUAAGUUCAAUAAGACUAUAGAGGAUGAAAACGCCCAUAGACCAUCAAAAUAUUCUCGAAAAACACGUCUGUCUCCUGAGAAAAAAAUGGAAAAUGAACUGAAAGUUCCCGAUAUUGGUAAUCUUCAAUCUAGCUCUGUUAGUUCAAUUGAAAGUGUAAAAAGCACAAACUCUGUUGAUGAUAAAGUCGAUGAUGUGGUGAAGCCACAAAGAGCAUGGGACGAGAAAGAGAAAAAAAAUGAAAAUGUACUUGAUGAGAGGAAUGUUGAUGAGACAUUACACAAGUCUAUUGUUACUGAUGAUAAAUUUACUAAAGAUGAUGAAGAAGAAAAUGUUGCCCCACUUGUUACGAGAUCUGAACGUAGUACAUCGUUAAGACAAGUUAGGGAUGCGCGUCUUGAAAGACAGGGAUCGUCAAUUGAUUUAGAUCGAAAAUCAAGUCGAUCAAGUGUGGAUACGAAAUGGUUGCUCUCUAAUUUGUAUCAAGGAAAGCCGUCAAGAAGGAGUGUUGACGACGAAGAGACGAUUGAAGAUAUGGAAGGACAUAAAAAGGAAAUAGAUGUUUUUACUCAAGGAGAAACUACGGAAUCUAUAAAAACUGAUAAAACUGAUGAAACUGAGCCAGUGGAGGCUGAAGUAAACGAUAUACCACCUAACGCAUCUUCGACAAUUGAAGAAACUAAGGACGAACAGAUAAAGCGGGAAGAACUUGAGCGAGCCCGACAAGAGAAAUUACGCAAACAGGAAGAAAAACGUAAAGCAGAGGAAGCUAGAAUGGCCGAAGAAAGACGUAAAAAGGAAGAAGAAAGAUUGAGACGUGAAGAAGAAGAAGAUCGCAAAAGACAAGAGAUAGAAUGGGAAAAAUCUGUCACUUCCAAACGAUCUUUGGUUAUUAAUGAUUUAGAUUUUACAGAUCUUCGUGAAGAUGAUGAUAAAGAUAUCAUGGAGAUUCGUCAUCAUGAUACGGAGGGGGCACCACCUCCACCUCCUAUACCGGGGGGAGUUCCUGCUCCUCCUCCACCUCCGCCAUCAAUGCCAGGGGGUGCACCUCCUCCACCUCCAAUGCCUGGUUUACCUGCCCCUCCUGCAGCACCUAAAGUACCCACGCAAGCUGACAAGAAAAAACUAGUUCGACUUUUUUGGAAAGAAGUUAAAAACUCGCCAUUAAUUAAUGGCGUGAACAAGACAAUCUGGGGUGCAAUUGAUCCCGUUGAUAUCGAUACAAAGAAACUGGAGCAUUUGUUUGAAACGAAGCAUAUCUCUAAAACGAAGCAACAGAAACCAGAAGAAAAAGAAAAGAAAAGAGAGAUUGUCGUAUUGGAUAUGAAGAGAUCACAACAGAUCAAUAUUGCUUUGACAAAACUUCCACCAGUCAGUUCUCUGAAGCAAGCUAUAAUAAAUAUGGAUAAUACUGUACUGGAUAAGGAAGCUUUAGAGAGAUUGUUACCGUUACGUCCAACGUCGGAUGAAAAGUCCCGUAUAGAAGAAGAAAGACUAGCGUAUCCCGACAUUCCUUUAGCGUCUGCUGAACAGUUUCUGCUCACAAUCUCAUCUGUAAAUGAACUUUAUUCCCGACUAAAACUGUGGCAAUUUUCUCUUGAGUAUGAAUCUAUUGAAAGGGAAGUUGCUGAACCCUUGAUGGAUUUAAAACAAGCCAUAAAUGAAGUGCAAAGAAGUCCAACGUUUAAAUGCAUCCUGGGAACGUUGCUUUCCGUUGGAAACUUCCUCAAUGGAACUAAGAGCAAAGGCUUUCAAUUGGACUACCUUGCCAAAGUACCUGAAGUCAAAGAUACUGUUCAUAAACAGUCAUUGUUGUUUCACAUUUGUAAGAUUGUUAUAGAAAAAUUUCCAGAUAGUACUGAUCUCCAUAAUGAACUGGGGGCCAUACAUCGAUCAACAAGGAUUGACUUUGAUUCACAUAAAGAAAUGUUAAAGAAACUUGACGAUGAUUGUAAAAAGUCAUGGGAUUACUUAAGAUUGAUUGCUAAACAUGAGAGUUCGUCUUCGAUAAAACCGAGGAUGACCGAGUUCCUAGCUGAUGCUGGAGAACGUACUACAAUACUUAAAGUUGUUUCACGUCGCGUUAUUAACAGAUUUAGAAAAUUGCUUCUGUAUUUGGGAUUGAAUGCGUCCACAGCCAAAUCAACGAAGAUCAAUGAAUUUUGUCGAAUCAUCAGCCAAUUUUCCCUUGAAUAUCGCACUUGUCGAGAGAAAUGGCUUUUGCAAAGAAUGAAGAAAAAUAAAAUGAAAGAAAGAAAUAAAACACGUGGAAACUUAUUGUUGAUUCAUUGUCAAAAAGUCAAAAAUCAGCGAGCGAAGAAGAUAUUGCUAAGAAAAUGUUAGAUGUGGAUUCUAAGGAUAAACUAAAAUCUUCAACGCUUCCAAGUUCGAAGAAUCGAGCCCGCAGUAUAGGUGUAGGAAAGUCAGAUACAGAUCUUGACGACACUACCGAUGAAAUGAUGGAUAUGUUGGUGAAGACAGUUACCUCAAAUCAAAGUAAAUCGCGAGUUAGAAGACGCGAAAGAUCAUCCAUGGCGAACAGAAAAUCACUUCGCCGCACCUUACAACAAGGAUUGACUCCUGAAGAACUUGAAGCUGCCGGCAUUCAUCUGCCUAUACACGACAAGUAGAUGAUAUUUUUCUACACUUGUCCAGUCGUGUAUAAUACGUCGAAUUAUCAAAUAAUUAAAACGAAAGAUUUUUGUUGGUUACCCCGAAUGACUCUGUCGAGAUAUUUAUGAAUAUUUUUACAUGUUUGAUUUGAUAUAUGUGGUUGAUGUGGGUGCUAGAUCAUGUGAAAUAUAAUUGUUGUUUAUCUUGGUGAUAAAGUAGAAUUCUAUACAAAAUUUUGAAGAAUUUUCAAAAGGAAUUAAAUGUAUCUCUCUUGCUUGAGGGUGUAAAUAA